CACACACACACACACAGAGAGAGAGAGGAAGCACUGACACUGAACCUCGCACCAUUUCCCCAUAAAUUGCUCCACUAAUGGAUUGACUCCAUAUAUCAAGAGUUUGACUAAUGAAAAAAGUGAGCAGUUAUUUGUUGUGUUUACACCUGAUCUGAGAGUCUACCCAGGGAGUGUAAUGGUUUUGUUCUACAUGGGAUCGGAUAAACACACAUCUACAGUCAUGCAGCCUGAGGACCCUGUUCACCAGGACAUGCAGUUUUACUAUGUGGGUGAACAUACUUGGGCCACCAUGCUUGGGCAAAGCUUGAGGCUGCAGCCAGUUCCCAUCCAAAGUCUUUCUGAGCUGGAAAGAGUCCGUCUGCAGGAGGUGGCGCUUUACCACUUGGAAAAAAGAGACCUGGAUUUUAAGAUCAGCAUCCCUAGAGAGAUUCGUAAGAGGAGGAAAUCACUGCGGAGAAAGUUUGAUUCCUUUUCAAAAGAAAAGAAAGAACGGGAGUCUGCACCCAAAGCGUUUGGGAUCCCUCUCACCCAAGUAAUCGCAAAUGACCGGGCACACAAGCAACGGCAAGAUGCGCUGAAAGAGAGCCGACGGGACUGUCUGGACCUUGAGGCCAGUGUACUACACUUCCGUGCUGAGAAAUGGCAGCACAAUGGAAACCGGCCUCUGUGCAGUACAGUCUUAACACCUGCCGCUGCCUCCUCACCAGCAGUGGAGGGCCACACCAAAUCACUAUCAUCAGCGAUCAUGGACAACACCUCCCGCACACACAGACGGGGAGGGUUAUCUGUAGACUGCAUCUCUGAUCUGGUUGAGAGUCAGUCCAGAUUACUAGAAGCUCUGCAGCUCUCUCACCCCAAUGAGCUGGAGUUGAAAAAGGCUUCAGCUAAUCAUACACAGGCCAAGCUGAGUCUCAACCCCAUCUACAGGCAAGUCCCCAGAGUGGUGGAGCGCUGCUGUAACCACAUUCAGACUUACGGUUUACAAACUUUGGGGGUUUUCCGUGUAGGCAGCUCCAAAAAGAGAGUCCGUCAACUUCGUGAGGAUUUUGAUAGUGGGAUAGAUGUUGUGCUAGACGAGGAGCACAGCGUUCAUGAUGUGGCUGCAUUACUGAAGGAGUUUCUGAGGGACAUGCCUGACCCCCUUUUGCCACGAGAAUUGUACCGCGCUUUCCUGCACACUAACCUGUUGAGAGGGGCUGAUCAGUUGAUGUACCUGCAGCAGUUGUUGUACCUGUUGCCACCAUGUAAUUGUGAUACUCUACUGAGGCUCCUCACCCUUCUGCAUACAGUACAAGAGAAAGCACACAACUCUACUGGCCCCAAUCAGGAGGAGAUCUCAGGUAAUAAGAUGACGGCAGCCAAUCUGGCAGUGAUCUUCGGGCCCAACCUCCUACAGAAAGAGCGAGGAUCAGAAAGAGAGCUCAGUCCUCAAGCUCUGGGCAUAGAGGACAGUAAAGUCAUCAUAUCUGUUACUUUGCUGCUCAUCCAGAACUACAGACAGCUUUUCACGGUGUCAGCGGAGCUCCAGCAGGAGGUGCUAAUGAGCCUCAUUCAGACAGACCCUGAUGUCAUUGACUAUCUGAUGCGCAGGAAAGUCAGUAGUAGUAGUAGUCCGACGAUGGAGACCGACUCUGGUGAACGAAGGGACACACAGAAGUCUCUAGAUUCUAUGAGUCAGUGCAGUGAUGACUUUCUCUUCCCAGAGACAUCUUCAAUUGGAAGCCUGAGCAGUGAGGUCUUCCUCAAUGCUCUUCACCUCAACACCAACAGGAAACGCUCCCCUGAAGCUCCAGCCAAGUCCAUUGGCCAUAUAAGGCAGUUUCAUUCCCACCACAACCUUCUAAGUAUUGCCCAGCCUUCCCUCAAUGCCCAACGUGAUGACACCAACCUCCAAAGGCAAAGACAAGCUGGUUCAAGGCAGACCUGGUCAGAGGAGCACCUUCAUUUCAGUCUGGGACGGCAGGAUAGCUGCUCUCAACCCCAGAGCCCUAGAGAGAAGGGCAUCUGGGUACGACAGAGCUCCAAUGCCUCAUCCACGAUGUCAGAGGACAGCAAGCAGCCAAGCAACUUCUGGGACUUUUUCACUGGCAAGAUACCGAUGGUCAGAAGCCCGUCACUGCAAAACUUCUUCAACAACCAAUCACAGUCUGAGAAAAAAUAAGUGGAAUGGAGGAUUUUUGUUUAUGAAUAAGAUAUUUUUGAUAACUUUUGACCAUUUCAAAAACAUGCUCUGAACUCAUCAUUGAACCACAAGGGGGUGAUAUUUACUGGUGUUCAGCUUCAACAGAACAUUUCUUUCUUUCCUAGUUGAAGCCAGGACUUCUUUGCCUACAACCUGAAGAAAAGUGUAGUUUUGCAAUACUUCUACUUUAUUAUGAAUCUCAUUUUUAAAAGACAAUUAUUUUGUUUUUUAUUAAGCAAGGAAUAUAUCAAUGCAUCACCAAAAGCCUAAACAGCCCAAUUAAAUGGUUAAUAUCGCUAAAUAGGACCAGUAAGGUAGUUACCGACCUGAAAGUGAUUACACAAACGCAAUCUAUGAUUGCUUAAAGACACAUGUACUGUACAGUUUUAUUUCAUCAUUAAGAAACAGAGACACCUUGAGUUGGUGUGUUUAUGUUCGUUUUUAUUAGGGACAGGUUGAUCCAGUCCCAUCUUUCAUCCACACUGUCCACUCCACUCCACAACCAGAACAUUCACCUGGUUUAUAAUUUGUACAUUGCUUUAUCGAAAGUGCACUUUUUUUUCCCUCAAAACCAGUUUGGAAUAAACAUUGUUACACAAUGUUAAGGGAAGGGGUGGGGAAGAUACACAAAACUAAUGCCACUCCAAAUUUUUGUUUUUGUCUCAUGUAGUUUCUGUCUGUCUGCCAAUGCCAAAAUUAGCUAGCACCCUGGGUAUUGUUACUGUGAUGAAUGCAUAAAUGUUUCUAUAACAAACAACUUUGUCUGAAUCUGAUCAUUCAAAGCAAACGUCAUCACCCCUAUAUUUCUACUUCAACAAUCCCUGGCCUAUGUCCAAAUAAAAGACUGAUUAGCAAAAAAAAAAAAAAAAGAGAA